CGGAAACUCAAAAAAUGAGUACAGCAUUGUUAGUGGUGAUGAAUCGUGGAUUUACUGUUAUGAACCAGAAAAUAAACAACAGUCGGCUGUUUGGCUGUUCCAAGGUGAAGAAAAGCCAAAAAAAGUCAUCCGUUCUUGAAGUGUUUCGAAAAAGAUGGUCGCGACAUUUGUGUCAAAAGCGGGUCAUAUUGCAACAAUUCCUCUUAAUGAGCAAAGAACUGUUACUGCGGAUUGGUAUACCACCAUUUGUUUGCCAAAAGUCAUCACCGAGCUUCAAAAAAUCAACCCCAAAAGAAGAAUCAUCCUCCACCAAGACAACGCAAGCUCGCACACAGCCCAAAAAACAAGGCAGUAUUUAACGGAAGAAAACGUGGAAUUAUUGGACCAUCCUCCAUAUAGUCCCGAUCUAAGUCCUAACGAUUUCUUUACUUUCCCGAAAAUUAAAAACAGACUGCGUGGUCAAAGGUUCCAGUCACCAGAAGAAGCAGUUGACGCAUUCAAAAAUGCCGUUUUGGAUCUGCCAGCAAACGAGCUUCGAAAAUUGGUUCGAGCGCAUGCAGAUGUGUAUUAAUCUUCGUGGAGAAUACUU